GGCCAUUCCUCCACACAGCAGUUCACCCAAUCUUCCUCGUAGGUGUGUCUGUCCUAGUGUUUGCAUUUGGUAAUGGCGCGCUCCGGUGCUCUUGUGGUGCUCGCGCUGGCCGUCGUCCUCGUCGCGGCGGCGCCACGUGCCACGGAGGCGCUCACCUGCGGGCAGGUGGUGUCCUUCCUGCAGUCGUGCAUCCCCUACGCCCGCGGGCAGGGUUCGCUCACCAGUUCGUGCUGCAGCGGGGUGAGGAGUCUCAACAACGCCGCCAAGACCACGCCGGACCGCCAGACCGCUUGCAGCUGCCUCAAGUCCACGGUUGCCGGUCUCAAGGGCAUCCAGUCCGGUACUGUUGCCGGCAUCCCGGGCAAGUGCGGCGUCAGCGUCCCCUACCCCAUCAGCACCUCCGUCGACUGCUCCAAGGUGAAGUGAGGCUCUCUUUGGAGAAAAUGGAUCGAUACUGAGCUUUACAUACAAUAAGGUUGGAGCUGCCACCCACUGUGCUCUCAGUGUGGUGAGCACUCGUCGUGACCACCGCAGCGUUUCCCUUGUGUGUUGUUGUUCUGUGGCUUCACUGGUGUUGUGGAGUGGACUCUGUAACAGUGGUGUUAUGUCAUCCAUCAAUACCAUACACCUUUCGUUUCCUCGUAAA